AUGGGAUUCACGAACAUCAAAGACACCAAGACCCCCACAGCCUUCAACACAGGCCACCGCAAACCCACUACCGCGGCCGCAAUCGUCGGCACAGUCGAAGCGCCUCGCGGACAUGACAUCGGACCAAGUCACACAGCCCAGAUGACCGCCUUGAACACCAAACUCCAACUCGAAAGGACCACCCACGGAGCCAUGGAAGGCCAGAUCAAGAUCCGACAGAAAGAGAAGGAAUACUUGUGCUUGAAGAUCCAGCGUCUCGAUCGCCAGAUGGAGCGGGCCAGACAGGAGCAUGAUGUGCAGCUGUUGAAGCAGUACGCCCAGCAGCAGGAGGCGCAGGUCAAUGUCGCUGAAGAAAAGCUUUAUGAAAGGCACGGCAUUCAGUACCUCUACACGGUCGAGCGAGCCCGUGGAAAACGCCGUAUUGAGGAGGUCGAUACCCCUGCUCGAGAGCGUGGCCUGAGCCCUCCGAAAGCUCCUCGCCGCCCGAGCAGCUUCGAUGACAAGCGCGAGAGCAUGUCGAAUGGGUCCAAGACUUCGGAGGAGGGCAAGUCUGUCGACUCGUCGCAGACAACUUGCGCCGGGUUUGUGGACUUGAGUGAUACUUCUACUGAUACCGAUGAUGAGUUGUAG